UAUGGCUUUGACAUUUCUAGUGAAGCGAUUGUAAUAUCUUCCGUUGGUGUAGGUGAUUGUAUGUAGGUUUAUGUUGUGAUGGAUAGGGAUGAAUGAUAGGUGUUUGAAAGAUGUAGAGGUGCCACCACGAUUACGCUAUUUUUAUGUGGUGGUGCACUCUAUUGUAAUUAGUUAAUAAAAUUGAAGAGGGUCCAGUAGUUGCAAAGAAUAUAUCAUAGUUUGACCAUUUUGAGUUCCUCUUGUUUUGAUAUAAUGGUUGAUCGAGUUCCAUUUGUAGUGGAAAGUAUAUAUCAAGUAGAGGGUCUUACACCUGGAACACCAAUCUUCAUCACAAAAUUUGUACCUGCUGAAGUUCAAACACCAUGCUUGGGAGCAGCUGCACUUCUACCUCCUAACCCAACGGCUGGUCCUCCUGCCCUUAAGACUGUUUUCCCUGGAAAUGUUUCACUGGCACGUUCUGUCACACCUCUGCUGUUGAGCAGUGCUGGACCACAGAAGUUUGCGCAAGUUCCUGCUGUUACUUCAUCUGGUACUGUUCAGGCACCCAGUGUUAACAGUGGCAAUUUCUUCCCUUCUGCCUUGCAACAGGAACAGAGCAAACCAUUAAUGGUAACCAAUACUGUAGGUCCAGAUGCAUUUGCCCAACAAUUUACCUGUCCAGUUCGCCCAUCACUUAGCAUUGCACCAGUGAGAUAUCAACAGGUGAUGACUCCUUCUACUCCAAUGAAUGAUGUCAAUGCAGAGUUCCUUAGUCAUAUUGUUGGCUUAGUGUCAGCUGUACCUCGUGCACCUCGUGCCAUUCAGCAGGUCUGCAUAGGACCAUCUUUACCUCAGGGCAACAUUGCUGUACCCCCUCCACCACAGUCUCCAAGCAUUACAUCAUCCGUGAACCUUCAACCAAAUUUGCAGCAGGUUCGCGUUGCAACUCCACCUGUUGGCACGGGGGCAGACCGACCUGCUGUAGUCAUUAAUGUUCCUGCGCCUGGCCACCCUCAGUUCAGCAACAGCAUUUCAUCUGCAGGAUUCACGACUACAUUCCAGCAGAACCGCAGUGUUAUUCCAUUACCCUUCACGAGCUCUGACACUGAAAGGUUUACACAGUUUACUAACACCGUUCCACCAGGAUCUAUUGCAAAUGUUCCAACAUCUCUUGCUGUUAGCCUUCAACAGCAGAGCAGCGCAAUGGCUAUGCAACCAGUGUUAUAUCCAUCUUUUACUGCCCCUGUGAGUGAGACUGGUAUUGCAAUUGUUGCCACUAGUGCUACUUCUGGAGAAAUAACAGAAAUUAUUGAAGCUCCUGAUUCACCUUCAAUUGACAGUUCUCACCAAGAAGAGCCCUGUGAUGUGGAAAUGGAAAUGCAGGCUGAUUUAACCCCAGAAACUGUAAGCACUACAAGUCAGACGAAUUCCUGUGAAGAAAAUGAUGAACUUUACGAAGAAAGGCAUCACAGUGAUACAGGCAGUCUAAGUAUUUCAAGCAAAAGCAGCCAGGCUACAUGUGAUGCCAGUACAUUUAAUCAAGACGAUGAAGUAAUGUACAAGGGAAAGUCUCCUGAAGAUGCCCUAGGUGACAUCACUGACACUUCUUCGUCUGUGGUUGUAAGUAAUGACGACACUGUUGAAUUCAAUAACCCAGAAAAGUCAGUUCAGAUUUGUGAGAGGACAGAGCAAGAUGUGUCUUGCACAACGGUGCUUCCAGUACCAGAGCAGUCAGUAGUUAAUAGCAACACAGAAGAUAAAUGUAUAGAGACAUCUGACAUAGAAGAAUCUGGGAGGAAAGCUAUUGAAGCUUACCUAAAUAAGCAAGAUAUGGGACCUUUCCAGUGUGAAGAUUGUGGAAAGCUGUAUUCACAACGUAUGGACUUGGAGCGCCACAUGUGGAAGCAUACGGGUGAGAAGUUAACAGCUUAUUCAGAAUCCAAGAUGUCAUAUGAUACAUCUCUUGCACCUAAUCAGAAGAGUUCAAAGACCACAGAUAAGUGUUACUGCUGCAAAUGGUGUGGUGCAGCCUUCCGUCGCAUUGUCAGUCUCCGAAAACAUGUAGGAACCCACAGCAAACAUUUACAUACUUGUGAACAAUGCGGUAAAACAUUUGCAACUAAAGAAGAUCUAACCAACCACAUUCGGAAUCAUUCUGGAGCCAAAUCGUUGUUUUGUGGAGAAUGUGGAAGGGUAUUCAUGGAAAGAGCUAAACUGAAAAAUCAUAUCAAGGAACACCAGAAGCAGUGGCUGGGAAUAAUCACUAGGCUAGCACUUAACACCACAGACUCUUAAUGUUUACAUUUCAGGUACAUUUUGUGCAGGCUAGUUCUUGAGCUGAGCAAUUGCUGCUAAUUUCAUAUCUUUUUAAUAGUCACCCAACACAAACUUUUCAUUUCUCUUACCAUCUCUUUCAUUUACCAGAAUAAUGUAUGACUAUUCAUUCUACCUUUCUGCAUUAUUUAUCAAAUUGCACUGCAUAUAUUUUUAUGUUUUUACACACGCGAGACAGAUGGUAUCAAUCCCCUUACAAAUGACUGUCCAGUAUGCUCCAGAAGGCUAUGUCAUAAACCACUGGUGUUCUUUGGAGCAAAUAUUGUAAAUAAUUUGUAGUAAAUCCUAAAGGAUUACUGCCAAUGAAUUAUUUGAGUGUAAGGAAAUAAAAGAACAACAAAACUAGACAGCACUGUACUAAGGCUAUACCUUGUAUUUUAGCUUAUAACCAAUUGAACAAAAUGAGCAGUCAGUUCACAAAGGCUUGUAAGAAAGCAGACUUGGGAUACAGAGUUAUUGUCUGUUGUAAACCAUAGUGUGUGAUCUGUGUACCUUGAAUUUUACUCUUUAUUUUUCUUUAGCAUAGACUUUUCUUUCCCUCCGUAUGUUGAUGUUUGAGAGUGUAGCACAUUGACUUCAGAAUGGGGAGGCAAUGACACUACCUAGUAUUAAAUACUGCCACUUAUCCAUAAUACUAUAGCAGGAGGAUGAGAGGAGUUUUGCGUAAGUAACAGAAAUUUGUAUGCAGUGGGGUAUUAUGACAUAUCAAAAGUGUGCCAAAACUUAUACUUUUUGUUUUUAAGUCCAGUGUUUGACAAGCAUCUAGCAAAUGCUUUCAAAACUGCGUUAUCUGCUGAUUGGUUUGUCAGAUAAAUCAGAGGAAGUUAGAGAGUUGAUUCAGAACUGCCAAAGAUAGAAUGAUUUAAGAAAUAUUUACAUAUUGUGCUGUUGUAUUUUUCCACACAAUGUCCACUAAGGGGCUCUUCCCCUCAAAUUGUGUGUGGCUCAAGGUCGCAUGUUCUGUAGAGUGCAUUGCCUUGCAGAACUUGAACAUUAAUUGUGUAUCUUGCAAUGGAUUUAUAAAUUUGGUUUUGAACUGUUUAUGUGAAGAAGAAAUUCCAUCCCUCUCCCCACCCCACUGCUGUAAGAUGCAUGUGUCUGAAAAUCUUUCACUAGAAUUUAGGUAUGGUACACGUGUGUGUGGAGGGGGGGGGGGGGGGGGGGGGGGGGAGAGAACUGCACCUCUGUUUUGCAUUGUCACAUUUUUUGUAAUUGCUUUUAGUACAACUUUACAACCAUUAUAUGAUAACAUCCAUGUUCAGUCAGCCACUAAUGAUGCAGUUACUUGGUAGUAAGUUUCAAAAUUACUCUCACAUACUGCAUAUUUCCCAAAGUAAUUACUAACUUGUGUAACAAUUUUGUUUCAUGUUUGUGACUGUGUAUAAUUUUGUCAUCCUUUCACUGAAACUACUAAAAAAUUGUAUUAAAUGUAUUUUGGAAAUAAUCAGUGUCAAGACUUUUCUGAUGGCUUAUUAUGUAUUAGUCAACCACGGUAUUAUUGUACCUGAGAGUGAUGGCAUUUUGGUCGGCUUAUCAUGACUCAACACAUAACCGGCAUUGGUAGUAUAGGCAGAACUGACCUGGAAAUGUUAACAGUGCGAUGUGUUUUCCUUAAUCACCCUGUACUACUUUGCUGCACUGUAGCUGUGUGUUUCCAACAGGGGCAAAGUGCAAUAAUAUCGUGGUUGAGUAGUGUAACAGCAUUUAUCAGUUUUAGAGUUCCUUUAAUUAUGCAGAUACUUAAUGUCAAAACAUACCAAUAUUAAUCUUUCCACAUUUUGUCAGUUAAAAACUCUUAUUGCAAUGACUUAAUUACUGUAUUAUGUUUAAAACUAGUUUGUUUUGAUCCCCUUGCUAAUUAUCACUGGUAUAAGCCAGAUGGCAACUUAUUUUUGCAUGAUGUUUGUUUGAAAUUUUAUAUUGUUUUACCAUGCCUGACAUUAUAUUUACCAAUUACCAGAAAAGAUUUUUAAGUUUUAAAACAAUCAAUAGAUUAUAAACAUUUGUAAUGUUCAGGAAAUGUACAGGUGUGAUGUCCAGCUGUCAUUGAACAGUACUACAUUAUUUAUGACAUCUUUUCAAAUUUCUAAUGUUUCAAAGUAGGGGAGAAAGUAAAAUCAGUGUAACCUAUUUGAUAUAGAAUCUUCUUUUGUUUGUUGUUAAAAUGUAGAUAAAAUUUGUAAUUAUGGUUUCUCUGCUGCAAAACAUGGAGUUCAGUAUUUUGUGGAAACCUUAUUAAAUAUAGCAAUUUGCUGCUUGUUAAGUUUUCUGUGGUUGUUGGAUAACAAAAAGGCAUAAUGAAAUGUGCCCUUCAGCACCAGAAUAAUAAUGUGCCAUAUUUGAUGUUACAAAACACAAGUGUAAACACUGAUUGCUGCACCUCCAGAAUGAGGGGUCUCUCUUUUCAGAGUUUAAAUGAAAAUUGGGAUAGGGUAAGAUUUGCUGUGAUUAUAUUUCUUAUAGCUCCCUUUUCGGGAGAGGUGAGUCAUACGUAUCUUUGGCUUCAAAAUCAUGUGGUACAAUGCUAUAUUCUGCAUGAGUUGACUAGAACUAUGAUUCUAGAAGUGUGGCAAGUUACAUUGCCCUUUUUAGGUUGGAGCUCAGUGCUAAUCAAUGAUGUAUAUUUGAGGCUCUUAAUCUGCCAUGCUGAUCAAUUUUUCUCUGAUUUGAUCAUGUAACUAAACUCUAAUAUUUGGACAUUUUCAAUGACAAUGUGAAUUUCGUAAGUUCAUCAUCCUUUCCAGAAAAUAAAAUUGGAGUUAUUAUAUUAUAAAAAAGAAACGCCUCCAUUUCUUAAGAAGAAGUGGUAGCAAACUGAUGACAGAACAUUAAUAUCUGUCUUUUUUGGUGUCUUUUUACAUUUUUUUGAUAAUAUUGUCACCUAUCACUAUUCAGUUUCUUUCCUGGUAGUUAUUUCACUCCCAGGCAUUAACAUGGGAAGGUGCUGUCAGAGCUCCAUAAUCAGAUAAUAGUUACUCCUUUUGAUGUAUAUUCCUUUCUUUUAACACGAGUUCCCAUUAGUCAGAAUCAGGUGAUGUGCAGGAAGAAGGCAGUGUGAAGAAAGUAGACAUUCAGUUCAUGUAUAUGGUAUGACGCGAGUAACCUGGAGAAAGAAGUCAAAUGUUCGAAAAUAUUGGGCUGGAAAAUGGAGAGUAUAGUUAACAGUUAGCUUGUAGUGAUUCUUAAAUGUUCAGUUUCACCUGACAAAAAAAUUUAGAUGAGUAUAUAAUGUUAUGAAGAACUCAGUGUGAAGGCUAUGGAAGUAUUUAGUGUCAUGACAGAAUAACAUUCCAGAUGAUAAAUAUUUUUGUAACUUUCUCUCUCGCAUGCAAUGCACUUACAUAAGAAUUCCUGUCUUGAACUCAUUGCAUUUGAUUUAAUUCCGUGUUAGCUAGUUAUAUAUUUUAAAAAUUGUGUAAUUAUUUCCUGUAAUUUGUUAGCGAAAUCUCUGUGUCAGAGGGUUAAUUUAUGAGAGGUAACUAGUAACUUUAUGAGUAAGCAUUACUAGAUGGCAGAGUUUAGAAUAUCAGUAGGCAGCAUACUCCAUAUUUUUGAGUCAUUCCUGUUUAUUAGGAUUUCCUACUGAAUAAUACAAAGUGUAGUCUGAUUAGGACACUGUGCCAUAUAUAUAUAUAUAAUCUAUUAGCAAAAAGAGGGUUGAACAUUUGCAGUUUUACUGUCUACAACACUGUUAUGUCAAACAUCUAAGCAGGUGUUGACAGAAAAAAGGUUGAUCAAGAAUUAUUUAAAAAUUAAAAGGAUUUUCUUUAAUUCAAAAAAUGACAAUCUUCUUGUGAUUGUCAUGUGCUUGCUUUUAGAUCAACAAUGGCAGGUUGAUGAAGCUGCAAGAUUGAAAAUGCAUCUUCAAUAAUUAAACAUUUGUGACUGAAAGCAUUUUUAUUUGUAAUUGAACUUAAUACAUUUACAUUUUUAAACAUCAGCAUAUUCAAUAAAAUGAAGUGAAAGCAUGGUAUUGCAAAGUUAUACUCAGUUUUACUUGCAGAGAAAUUGUAGUUUAUAGACUAUGCAAAAAGUAAACUUGAAAUAUAAUUGACUGUCAGUUUUCAUCAGCCGUAUAUUCAGUGAUAAGAAUGAAUGUAAAUAUAUAGACUGACAUUCACUGCCAUUUUGAAACAUCAUAUAACAGACUUCAUUAUCUACCUCACUAAUAUUUACAAGAGAUGUUCAAACUUGAGUCACUUGUCUCCCAUUUCGCCUGCAGUAAAAUAAUGUAAUAAUAAAAACAGAAAAGUAUUUGCAGUAGGAUAUACAGCACAAAUGCACAUACUGCUGUCAUAAGACUUGAAUAAAAUUGUGGCUGUCUCUGAGAUAAUUUUUCUCUUUAUGUAGAAAUUUUGUUAAUACUUUUUGUGUAAAAAAUAUUUCAGUGAAAUGAGUAUAAGCUUACCUCAUGCAGGAGAUACACAUGGGAGAUUUGUAUUCGUAUUUGAAACCAUGAAGUCAUCCAAAACUAAUACCCAUAGUGAUUACAGUUGACUGACUACAGGAACAAUUGUAUUAAGUAGAAAAUAGUUUCAAACCUGCAAAAGUGACUAAAAUUCUUAAUUUCCUUCACUUCCUGCUGCCUUAGGAAGGGCACUAAUUAAUGCACUGUUGAUGCCCUGUCAACAUUCAUCAUUUUUAUUGAUUAUAAUUUCAUAUGUUAUGGAAAUUGAUAUUGUGCUGUACAAAGGUUUUGUAGCUAAUUAUUUCUUUAAGAUUAAUUUGAUUUACGAAAUUGCAGACUGUUUGCUUGUGAAGCAUGUUCCAUUUAAGUGAUGCUAUUUGUCGGCGUUGUUAUGUAGAUGUAAUCAUAUGUAUGCAGUUGGUAACCAUGUUGUCUGUCUUUUGUGUGAUUAAUGCACAAUAGAUAAAUGUUUCUGGAAAUGCACCAGUUUCUUUAGUGAUAAAUUAUUUUCAGAAAUGCUCAUAAUCAACUGCCAUUUUAAUGAGUCAUAGCCGUAGUUGUAACAUGACUAGAAAUUUUAUCUGAUUGAACUAGUGAAUACCUUCUUACUAUCCUAUAGAGAUUUCACAGUCUCGUUGUACAAACAGUGUCAGUAUUCUAGACUUUAUACUUUCUCCCCAAAAGUUCCAUUAGUUUGCAGUAGCAUGUUCUAAUGUUCCAAUGUCUUAUGUUUGUUCUAGUAAAUGGAAAACUAUUCAGGUGCAGCUGUAAUUGUAGCACACUUUAUGUAGAAUCAUAAAUGUUCAUAUGUAGUAGAUGUGAAGUGAUAGUUCGUUAAGCAUUCAUAUGAAUUUCAGACAUAAGCACUCACUUUUUAUAGUACAGAGGAGGCAGUCCCAUAACAUUUUACCCAAAUGGUCUGACAGUAUAUUCAGUGUGAAAGUAGCAAUGCUUAAUCACUCCCCAUUCCCACCAGACACUUGAAUGAAAGAUUGAAGAAUCUCUGGCUCCCUCAGAAUAUACUAUUGAGGGGCCAAGCUCUGCUUAUGUGGUGAACUUCUAGUUAACAUCCGAAAUAAUUUUCUAUAACUUUGCAAUAUCGUCUGUCACCAGAAAUUUAAUUUCAUGAAGAAAUUUCAUUUCCAGUCAGCUAUAGUACAGACUUUCCUGAUUAUAUUUACAUUGCCUUUGAAAUUAUUUCACCACAUAUGCAGACCAGAUGCACUGCCAGAUCUUUUUUUUUAUGUUUGUGUUAUUUUUAACUAAAAGUUUCGUGUUGUGAUUGUAAUGCAUAUACAGUAUUUUAUUGAAAAUGUAUUUGAGAUGUUAAUAGCUGAUGUUGUUUUUUGAAAAAAACUUAAUUGUUUACCAUUAAAGCUUUAAUGUUGUGUGUACUGUUUUAUAAAAAAAAAAUAGUCAUGUACAUCAUGAAAAUAAAGGAAGCCAGUAACACUGGCAAAGUACAUGAAC